AUGUUUUGUUCACUUAAGAAACAAUUUGAAAUAAGUUGGCAAGAAUUAAUUAUUGAAAACGAAUGUCUAUGUUUGGGAGGAAUAACACAUAUGAUUUUACGUACAUUAGGAAUUAUAUAUCAACAUUGGUGGAUUAAUAGAGAUACAUUUAAAAAAUUAUUUCCUGAAAAUAUUGCUGUAGAAUAUAUGGAAGAUUUUCAAAUAUUACCAAAAUCUAAAAUUAUACAUUUAUCUUUACCUUAUGAAUAUGGUUCUGUAAUGCAUUUUGGAAUGCAAACUGGUAGUACAAAUAGAGGUUGUACAUUGAUGUCUAAGGAUCAUCUUUAUGAAAAUACCGUAGGACAACAGGAAGUACUUACUUUUAAUGAUAUCAAAACAUUAAAUUUCUAUUAUUGUUCCAAUAUAUGUAAAUAUACAUUAAUAUGUAAAAAUAAUGGAUAUCAAGAUCCUAAUGAUUGUGGUUAG